AUGCAAUUCGUGUUGAAGCUAGGCCACCAAAUUACAUACACGCUAUGUGGCAGGGUCUCGAGCAAAGGGUUCUUUACUCUUAACCCAGCGUCCCAAGGCUUUAAGUACGGUAGUCUUCAGAACGCGCCACCCACAGCUACCAUGUCCAGAAACACGGCUAUUAUGAAGAAUCCGACCAACCCAGGUCCAAAUCUCCGGACUGACCUCGAGCAAGCAUUCGCCGCGAAGACUCUGUCAUUCCAAGGCACCUUCUCCCACUCCGCUGUGAAAACUGAUGCACCGAAUCCUGUUCUAACCAUCGACGGCCUCGGUACCAUUGGUCUGCCCCUCAAUGAACGCGACGCGUCCACCAUCAUCGCCAGCAUGACUCCUAAACCGUCGGGAAAGGGCAAGAAAGGGAAAGCUGCAAAGGAUACACGCGAAGCUUGGGAAGUCGAAGCCGCAAAAAUCACAUUCGGAAAUGGAGAGUGGACACAGUGGCUCGAGGGGACGAUUUGUCGGGAGGUUUGGACGGCGUUGGGAGUGCAGCAGUAUCAUAAUUCGAUCACAAAGUUGGUUCUGCGCUGUGUACUGCUUUCGAAGGGCUCUCAUACAUUGUCUAACGAAAGUUCUCAAAGGCCUGAAGGAUCUUUCGCUACCGCAGUCAUCUUCCUUCCCUCUCAACACACUGGAGGUCAAGUCACUCUUUUGCACUCGUCAGUCACUAAAAGUUUCGACGACGCGCCAAAGUCCAUCACCUCGACCACUCUCCUAACAUGGUACAAUGCAGUCCAACAGCAAGUGCAGCCCAUCGAGUCUGGCUAUCGACUGGCACUCGUUUACAACGUUGUCCAACCCCCAGUAGCUGGAGUUCCUCUUCCCUCUUUGCCUGACACGAGCGGCCCCAUCAUCGCCCUUCGCAACGUCCUCAAUGGCUGGGAAGACGGCCACUACGAAUCAUCAAAGCCGAAGCAGGGCUUCUUGGCUUAUCUCCUUCAGCACAGUUACGACCCGUUGCUUAUGCCUUCUGGCAGCGCUCCAUUGAUGCAAUUAAAAGGCCCAGACAAAUACCGUGUCGAGGCAUUGCAGCAGGCGGCGUCUGAGUUGGAGUUCCUUGUCGGUAACUUCCUCGCGCGACUUCCAGCGCUCGCUUCACGGGCUGAUCAACCAGCCACCGUCGCCUGGUGCAAAACUCAAAGCGACAAGCUUUGCUCUUCCUAUAACAAUGUUCAAGUGAAAGAAAUUCCAACACUCCUCGACAUCGUCAAGGUUGUGGGCUUUAAAGUGUUCACUCAGCUAAUGAUGCCCAACUUGGUGAAGGCGUACGCCAACUAUGACUUCUGCAUUGCGCUUGUCAAAGCACUCACCGGAAAUGCGACUACCAUUGCUAAACAUGAAGCAGCUCGUGCACCGCCUGUCUUCGCUGACGCGGUCGGCCUUGAAGUCAAAAAAUCCGUCAAAGAAUUCCUCCAACGAGCAGCAGCCCAGUGGCUGGCACCUGAACCCAGUAUCUACGGACUCCCCUCUUACAUGCAAGAGGCCAAAGCAUCUCUCCCCAUCUCGCAUAAGCGAACCAGCUCGUCAAUGAAGGAAUCAUUCGCUGCUAAACUUGACAAUCUUCACCUGAAGCUGAUUCCGCACCUGAGCGGGUUUGCGAAGACUAAGAAGAUAACUGUAUACACAGAGCCGAUUGCUGGGUACCUACGGCAAUUCAUUUCUCACUACCUCCACCAGGCCGAUGUGCGGAGAAUGCGCCAAGCUGGACGUGUUCAUGCUCGACCACAAAACCUCGACGGUUACCUACAGGAUGCUGCAAGCUCGGCGUAUUCAUAUGAAGAUCGCUGUGGCCUUGCAAAGGAUCUGUGCACCUACGAGACGAUCAGGUCUGGCAGUCCUUACGCCGUGAAGAUCACGAAGCGCCCUGAGAUUGUUCGUGCAGGGACGUGGGAGGGCAGACAGCAAGAGGCGAAGGCUGUUUUAGCGAAGAUAGGUACGAACGAGGAGAUCCAGGCGAUUAUGGGGCAGAGGUGGAAGGACGUGCAGAACGCAAUUGAGGGCGUUGCGCCGUUCGUGCCUACUCCAGAGGGCACUGUUGGGACGUCGACAACAUUUACGCCCUCAACUCAGCAACCUCCUGCCGCGGCUAACAGCCUUGCUCCGGCUUCGCGAGGGGUCAAGCGUAAGCUCUGA